AACUGUAAUGUAUUGUUAUUCUCAUGGCUUGCAGAAUGUUGUUUGUUAAAUUUGUCAGUUUGCCUGAAACUCUGCUGAUUCAAUAUUGCUGACACCAGAUCAAUAAAGUCUAGCUUAACAGGAUUUUAUACAGUGAAACAAAACUUCCCUGUUCUAAUUGUAGACAGGAACUUCCCAGUGAAAACAUCUACAGUGAAUUGAAAGUUGGUCAUUAUGGUUCAAAGUUCCUAGGAACUGAAGCUGGGGUAUUCAAUGCAGGAAACAGUCUGCAAAAAUAAAGAAGAGAUGCAGAAUCUGUGUGCUACAAAUGGGAGAACAGAGCACUGCUGUGGGGAGCACAGAUGGAGACUGGAGUUGUUCUGCCAGGAGGAUGAGGCCUUUAUCUGUGUCCUGUGUGCUCGCAGACAUUCCGGUCACAGUUUUGUGUUCCUGCAUGAUGCAGCCAGUGUGUAUAAGGACAAACUGAAGGCAUCAGUGUCAUCCCUGGAACUAAAAGUCAGAGAUCUUAAAGAUGUACAAACCAAGAAUGAGACAGAAUUCCAGGAGAUAGAAGAACAUGCUAUUAAUUUAGAAAAAUACAUUGCAGAAGAGUUUGCAAAACUGCACCAGUUUCUUCAUGACAAGGAGCAAAAACUCAUUCAACAACUUAACAGCAAAGCGUCCGAAAUUCUGAAAGAGAUAGAAGAAAAAUUUGAAUGCAUUAAAACUGGUGUCACAGAAAUCCACUCAGCAGUGUCUGAUAUUAACUUUGGAUUCAAAAAAGAAGUAGACAUUCUGGAAGAGAGAAAUGACACAGACAAUCUGGCCACCACUGAGGAAUCAGUGUUAGGUGACACCUCAGAACAUGGAAAACACAAAACUAAUGGUGUUCUAUCAGAACAUGCUAUUAAUUUAGAAAAAUACAUUGCAGAAGAGUUUGCAGAACUGCACCAGUUUCUUCAUGACAAGGAGCAAAAACUCAUUCAACAACUUAACAGCAAAGCGUCCGAAAUUCUGAAAGAGAUAGAAGAAAAAUUUGAAUGCAUUAAAACUGGUGUCACAGAAAUCCACUCAGCAGUGUCUGAUAUUAACUUUGGAUUCAAAAAAGAAGUAGACAUUCUGGAAGAGAGAAAUGACACAGACAAUCUGGCAACCACUGAGGAAUCAGUGUUAGGUGACACCUCAGAACAUGGAAAACACAAAACUAAUGGUGUUCUAUCAGUGUUUGACAUUUUAAACACUAAACGUGGAUACAUUGCCUAA